AUGUUAUAUCCGAGUUUUCUCUACCUGGCGUGUCAGGAUCCACGUAGCCGGGACAGCAAACGACCCUCUUUGGAAUUCAACCCUCGACGAAUCUGGUGUUUGCUUGCUCCAACCACCGAAGCUAUCUUAAAACCUGAAGGACCCAGGUCGAUCCGAUGCAAACCCCAGCCCUACUUAUCCUGGGAUGGCGACCACCUUACUUAUCCAAAGCUGGCGUCCCUCAACCGAUUUCAUUUGAAUCGCCUGGGAAUCCCUUCUGCUUCAGGUCAUGUCAUCGGUCCUGAAGUCCACGGCAUUUAUCGCUGCCGCCCUGCACGCUCUAGUCAAACCCCCGGCCACCUCACCUGCCUGAGAACCGGCACCAUCUCUACACCUCUCCUCACCCAACCAUCUUCAUCGUUGGUCAUCUGUCCGGCCCAAACACUCCCCUGGGCCGCGUCUCCGACAUCAAACCCCCUGGGCCUCUUUCAAGUAACAACAGUCGUGACAGCCGAUCAAUCGUCAAAUGCCAAUUGA